AUGCCUAUGCCCAUAGUCAUCAGGUGGAUAUUGUUAUUGUUGUGGGGCUCGCCUGGUACCCUGGCCUGCCCCCAACCCUGUGUCUGCCAAGCCCUGGGAACCUUUGGACUACUGGUGAACUGUAGCAGCAUGGGGCUGACCACGGUGCCCACCCUGCCCAGAAACACCCGACAACUCUACCUACAGAACAACAACCUGACCUCCAUCCCUGCUGGUACCUUUGACCACCUGAACUACAUCUACAGAAUUAACAUGACCAGAAACCCCUGGCACUGUGACUGUAGGAUCUUAUACCUUAAACUCUGGCUGGAGGACCACUCCUGGGACACCCUGAACUUGACCAAGUGUGCCAGCCCAGCCAUCACAGCCACCCUGUCCCUUGGCCAGCUAACUGGCAAUGAGCUAGAAGGCUGCGGACCGCUGCUUGAACCUGAGUACCACAUCUUCUUCUGGUUGGACCUGGCUCUGAUUGUGCUGACAGUCUUAAGCAUCAUACUCCUAGGUGCUCUCCUGUGGAUAGCCAAGAAGACAAUUUACUGGGUUAACCUCUACCAGUAUACCCUAGAGUCUCAACAAUGGCUCGAGAGCAGCCUAAGACAUCGAAAAUCCAAGUAACCAGGACCCUGGACCCUGACCUUGGGACUUCACCAGCCAUUCUGCUUCAAGAUAUUUCUCCUAUAGUCGCAACACAAACUCCCUCAACAGUCCAAAUCAGGGGUCGGCAACGUAUGGCUCUCGAGCCAUAUCCGGCUCCACCUCCCAACCGGCCAGUCCGGGCAGAGCCCCAGGAUGUGCCCCAGGGGGUCCUUCAGCCCCCCACCCACAUUCCAGCGCCUUCCACCUCCAUCCUCCUCCUUCCGCGGGCGUUUAUGGCUCUCAUGGCGAAAAAGGUUGCCGACCGUUGGUCCAAAUAAACAGG